GCGAUCAAAGCGUGACAAAAAACGCGGAAAUCCAUUAUAGGAUGUUUCAAGAACACAGAAUAAAACCUGAUUGACAAAUUGGUUCUGUGACUAUGACAACAAUGUACCUCUUUGUCCAUUAUUUGCAUUAAUUUGGCAUACAUCCUAUCCGAAUAAUUAACUAGAACACAAACAUCCAUCAAGCCUAUAUAAAAAGAGACCUUAACACAGAUUCAUUUUCAAGUGAGUCGCUGCAAAAUGUGCACCGAAAUGAAAACCGUUGUGGUACUUGUCGUAGUUGUGUUUUAUACCACCGAGGCCCUGGACUGCGGGAUCCACUUCACCAAAAACGAGGAACUCACAGGAAUCUUCAACAAGUGUAUUAACAGCAACAGGACACUGGAGGAUCUCUGGGACAUGGCGCCGAUGUCGUCCGAAUCCGACUCCUCCAGUUCCGAAGAAGAACCCACAGUUGACGGGAAAAUGUUGCAAAACUUCAGGACUAAACGAACUGUUAUGAAGGCCAGUGCCGCUAAUGAGACCGAAACUGAAGAAGAGACCAACCAAUCAGAGAACGCCACGGAGAAUUGCGUCAUUCAGUGCAUUUUCGAAAGUAUGCAAAUGACAGAUAGCACUGGCUACCCCACCCACGCUAAAAUCUUGGAGGGGUUGUUGAAAAAUGCCACCAAUAGGGAACUGAGGGAUUUUUUGCAAGAUACCACGGAUGAGUGCUUCCAAGACAUGGACAAAGAGGUCACCAUGGAUCCUUGCUCCUAUUCGGUGAAGUUGGUCACGUGCUUGGCUGAGAAGGGUAAAUCCAACUGUUCUGAUUGGCCGGUGGGUGACUUGCCUUUUCACCAGUGACAAAAUGUGUUAUAUAUAUGGUUAAUUAGGGAUGUUUUUGUAGGUAAUAAAUCGUGCAUACCGUG